AUGGUCGACUACUCUAAGUGGGACGCGCUCGACGUCGGCGCCGACGGCGACGACGACGACGCCGCGCGCCGCCGCGGCGCGCCGCGGGUCACGCGUCUGGAGGGCCCGAGCCGCGUGACGUUCGGAGGGCCGAACCUCGAUCGCGACGCGAUCGUCGCGGAGGUGCGCGCGCCGGAUCCGGACGCGCGUCCUCCGCCUGAUCCACCGCGGCGGUCGUCCGCGAUCGACUACGCGCGGUUCGAUCGCGUCGCCGCGGACGUCUCCAGCAGCGACGACGAGCGAGAGUACUUCGAAGACGACGCGUGGGCGUUGAAGCACGGACUAAGAGCGCCUCCGAGCGCGUCCGACGCGUCAAAAGCAGUCGUGGGGCCGAGGAGGGAGUACGUCGGCGCGAUGCCGCCGCCGUCGGAGCCGCCGCCGGGGUACUUCCCGAAGACGCGAGGGAUCGGCGAGCCGUCGCCGCCGCCCAUCGGGAACGCGAGGACGGUGCGUCUGACGGGGACGACGCCGGCGACGGCGGCGGCGAACGCGAUGGCGAUGGCGAACGCGCAGCCGGCGAACGCGGCGAACGCGGCGAACGCGGCGGGCUCGAGCGGCGACGACGCGACGACAGCCGCGAGUAAGGCGGCGUCCGCGUUUGCGGCGCGCAAAGAGAAGUUCACGCUCAACGGCGGCGAGGAGAGGGAGAGCGAGAGUUCCGGCGGGCGCUACGUGUGGUGCCAAGACGAGAGAGAGGCGACGAUCAGCGCGUUCGCGCCCGCCGGCGCCAAGGCGAAGGACGUCGUCGUGAAGUGCACGCCGACGAAGAUAAGCGUAACGCACAUGGGCCACACGUUACUCGACGACGAGUUCGCGCAUCCGAUAGACCCCGAGCACCGCGACCGCGACGACGAGAUCAACGGGCACCUGGACGAUUACGACGCGUGCGAUAACUUUGAAUUCGGCGACUGGGAGCUGUGCGACUACGAGCCGCGCGGCGUCGGCGACGAGCGACGGUGCGUGCGCGUCACGGUGCGAAAGAAGAACCUCGGGAUGAUGACGCACUGGUGGCGCCGCGCGACGAAGCGCGGCGACGAGAUCCCCGUGGAGGCGCUCAAGACGCGGAAGCCCGGAAAGGGCGAGGAGAGUCACCGGGUGUGGGAGGAGGCGCAGGCGAUGUUCAAGGAGAAGGUGGCGGCGCGACGGCCCCCCGUGAUGAUCGACCGCGAGACCGGGGAGGUGGUUCCGCCGGAGGAUUAG